AUGACGCAAGUCGUCCGACAGUCAGUAUGGGAUGCGCAGCUGGCUCUCAGCGAGCAUUGCGACAAGAUUAUGGUACAGAACCUCGAGGUUACUGUCAAUGCUGGAAAAGAUGUUUGGGGCCGUAACAAACCGCAACGAGCACUGAUCAGUGUCAUCGUGACCUUGAGCCAGAAGUUCGCCUCGGCUUCGACAACAGACACAGUUGAUGAAAGCACAAUCCAUUAUGGUCUUCUGAGCAAGGCUGUCCAGGCGCGGUUACAGACGGCGAGCUCAAGGUGGGAGCCAACAGCCAUGUUUUCGACCAUUGUUGCGGAUGCCGUGAGGGGAAUGGCGGGUACGACGCCGAUAUACGCUAUUGAAACAAGUGUCUACUACAUCAAAGGUGGCAUGUUCGGAGAUGGGGUUGGUCACCACACUUCGACGCUGGAGGGCACAAAUGUGCGGUCAAGCGUGCUGCAUCUGCGAAACGUCCGGAUCCCUUGUCUCAUUGGCGUCAACUCGAAUGAAAGGUUGCAGAAGCAGCCAGUAGUGGUGAAUCUGUGGGUCGAAUGCCUGCCAGAUUUUAGUUCUCGAGCCGACGACUACCCUGAACUGGAGACAUUUUUGUUCUCGACCCUGGAGAGCAUGCUCGAAUGGACAAUCCAGCAGCUCAGGCAGCAUUUCUUCACAAAAGCUGAGGACCAGGAUCUAGUCCUGAGGCUCAGAAUCGAGAAGCCACUUGCUGUUCCGUUUGCGGACGCUCCCGCUGUCGAGAUAACGCGUCCAGUGCGCUUGGCUUGA